CUCUUUCAGAAUUUUUUUUUCUCUCUCCAGCAGGAACAGACUCAUCCCCACCGUCGGAUUUGUCCCGCAGCAGCGCAGAGAUGUUGUCCCUCUUCCACCGGCUCCUCGACUGGAUCAGGUCGCUCUUCUGGAAGGAGGAGAUGGAGCUCACGCUGGUGGGCCUUCAGUACUCCGGGAAAACCACUUUCGUAAACGUGAUUGCUUCUGGUCAGUUCAAUGAAGACAUGAUCCCUACAGUUGGCUUCAACAUGAGGAAAGUCACCAAAGGGAACGUAACGAUAAAAAUUUGGGAUAUAGGUGGGCAGCCACGGUUCAGGAGCAUGUGGGAACGGUACUGCCGCGGCGUCAACGCCAUUGUGUAUAUGGUGGACGCUGCAGAUCGUGAAAAGGUGGAAGCCUCAAGAAAUGAACUACACAACUUGCUAGACAAACCACAGCUGCAAGGCAUUCCCGUACUUGUCCUUGGCAACAAGAGAGACCUCGCCAGCGCACUAGAUGAGAAACAACUGAUUGAAAAGCUAAACCUGUCUGCCAUUCAAGACAGAGAGAUCUGCUGCUACUCUAUUUCAUGCAAAGAGCAAGACAAUAUAGGUAAACGGAGCGAGCAGAAAUGCAGUACUAACGACUGCAAGGUGCUAACGACGGAGAUGGCCAGAAUGAAGCAGAGAAAAUGGAGUGUGAGCGCGGCGAAGCUGAAAGCUCUCACCUCUGCUGCAGAUCUUGAAGUGCUCAUGAGUCCCUGCAAAUUGUCUCUCAUCCUCUCGUUAUCUGCUCAGGGAGAAAAGCCCUCUGUAUCUCUUAUGUCGCCUGUUAACACGGACAUGAUGUUCCUCUUCAGAGCCCUCCAAAUGGAGCUGUGA